UUGAAAGGCUCGCCUGCACCCGGGAGGGCCCCCUCCCCCGUCCGAGUGAGUAGCUGAAGACCUGAACUUCAAGGAAGAAGGAAACAACGCUGUGCUGGCCAGCACAAGCCCUCAUGGAUUCUGAGAAUUCUGUUGCUGACUAGUAGCUGGAGAAGGGGGAUGUUUACGUGGAAGUGUCUUAUUUUGGGGGCUGUGCUGGUCAUAGCCACACUGUCCACUGCAAGACCAGCACAAACCCUGCCAGAGCAAGUUCUCCCCCAAACGAGCCUCGAAGUGGAGUCUUACUUGGCUCACCCUGGCGACCUCCUCCAGUUGCGCUGCCGCCUGCGGGACGAUGUUCAGAGCAUCAACUGGGUACGAGACGGGGUGCAGCUAUCCGAGAACAACCGGACGCGCAUCACAGGGGAGGAGGUAGAGGUCAGGGACGCUGUGCCCGAGGACUCGGGCCUUUACGCCUGCAUGACCAACAGCCCCUCGGGAAGCGAGACCACCUAUUUCUCCGUGAACGUCUCAGAUGCUCUCCCCUCUGCAGAAGAUGACGAUGACGAUGAUGAUUCCUCCUCGGAAGAAAAGGAAGCAGACAACUCCAAACCGAACCAAGCCAUCCCACCUUACUGGACCUACCCGGACAAGAUGGAGAAGAAACUCCAUGCCGUUCCUGCUGCCAAAACUGUGAAGUUUAAAUGCCCCUCUAGUGGGACACCCACCCCUUCGCUGCGUUGGCUGAAGAAUGGCAGGGAAUUCAGACCUGAUCAUCGCAUUGGUGGUUUCAAGGUUCGCCAUGCAACCUGGAGCAUCAUCAUGGACUCCGUGGUCCCAUCAGAUAAAGGCAACUACACUUGCAUUGUGGAGAAUAAAUAUGGAAUCAUCAAUCACACCUACCACCUUGAUGUUGUUGAGAGAUCUCCUCACCGGCCUAUCCUACAAGCUGGGCUCCCGGCUAACAAGACGGUUUCGCUGGGUAGCAAUGUGGAAUUUGUCUGCAAGGUCUAUAGUGACCCUCAGCCCCACAUCCAGUGGCUGAAGCACAUAGAAGUCAAUGGAAGCAAGAUUGGACCAAAUAACUUGCCUUUUGUUCAAGUCUUGAAGCACUCGGGAAUAAAUAGCUCUGAUGCGGAAGUGCUGACCCUCUAUAAUGUGACAGAGGCUGAAAGCGGGGAGUAUGUUUGUAAGGUUUCCAAUUAUAUUGGUGAGGCUAACCAGUCUGCGUGGCUGACCGUCACCAGACCCGUGGCUGAAGCUAUAGAAGACAAACCAGCUAUGAUGACUUCCCCUUUGUACUUGGAGAUCAUCAUUUACUGCACAGGGGGCUUCCUCAUCUCCUGCAUGAUCGUGACCGUCCUCAUUUACAAGAUGAAGAGCACCACCAAGAAGACCGACUUCAACAGCCAGUUGGCCGUCCAUAAACUGGCCAAGAGCAUCCCCUUGCGCAGACAGGUAACAG